GACAAAAUGACCAUCACUCUGCAGCUUCAUGUGGACUAGGACCAGAGCGAGUCUCGCUUCAGCUUUUCUUCAACACUUAGCUUUGUCUUCGCCGUCCUACUCCCAGCACCGCGCAGCCGUCCAGCGGCAUGGAGGACCCGCAGCAGCCCGAACAGCCAAUCAGCGCACAGCCAGAUGCCGGAGGAGCCGGCCACACCGCCGUGACCUCUCAACCAGCCAGCGCUGAACAAGAGGCCACCUCCUCAGCAACAGACGCACCUGAGGCCAGACAGACAGAGGAGGGAAAAGCCAUGGACCACCUGACCGUGCUCAGUGACAACAUGGACACCAGUAAUGGUAUCUGUCCGGUGAUGGUCGACUCCUCUCCCACAGCGCCCUCUGUGUCGCCCAAGCUGUACGCUAAGCCAGGCGGCCAUGCUAACGGUCGGCCUCGUUUGGGCAGCCGGUCCGGCUCGUUGGCGGCGGGCUCGCCCAGGCCCUCGCUCACCCGCCAGCCCAGUGCUAUCACAGAGGCCGCUGUGGACGGAUCCAAGCCCAGGGACUACCUGAUCCUGGCCAUCCUGUCCUGCUUCUGCCCGAUGUGGCCCAUCAACAUCGUAGCCCUCACCUUCUCCGUGAUGUCCCGGAACAGUCUGCAGCAAGGCAACAUCGACGGCGCUCGUCGUUUGGGUCGUAACGCCAUGAUUCUGUCCGUCGUGUCCAUCCUGGGAGGGAUCGCCAUCAUCACCGCUGCUAUCGCCCUCAACUGGGGACUGAUUUUAAAAUGAUGAAAUCAGCUGCAACCGUGAGACCGACGCCGCCGCUCCCUCCUGCUCCUCAAGCACUUUCGUUCUCCAGUUCUUUCACCGGAUGAAAAACCAAUAAAAAUCUUUUCCUGUUCUUUGCUGUUGUUUGUUGCUGCACGACGAGCAUGGUCUGCCUGACGCUCUACCUCCGACACGAUCAACGAACCAACCCACUCCUGCCGCCGACGCCCGAUCUGGAAACGGAACAGGGGAAAGGAUGCACCGCCAGAUGCUGCUUUCAUUCUGUGGUAGCAGCUUCUCUCCUCCUCACACUGCUUUCUCUCACUACACUUUCCCUCUGCGAUGAACAAGUGCGCCUGUUGUCAUGACUCAUCUGUCUCUAUGGAAAUCUCUGAACGAGUCUCCGUGCCACAGGUGUGGUACUGGAGCAGACUGCAGGACGAGCUUCAUUUUUUCAUACCAAAUAUCGAGGAACUUGGUGUUAGCUGGACUGAUCUGUGGUCUGAGACUGCUGGGGACUGUUUCAGUGUCCACCUGUUCCUGCUGGGGUUAUCCUGCACACAGAGACAGAGGUGUCACUGCUCACCUGUGUUCACCUGCGUUCACCACAGUCACAGCGUUGGCUCUGUCCUGCUGUCUUUUAACCAGGACUCUUCUGUUUUAUCAAAGGCCAAUAAAUAUAAUCCAAACAAUUUUAGAUCAUUUAAAAAAAAAAGAAAUUAGCCUCCUUAAACAAACAUAUGAAGCCAGCCACUGAACAGUCCCGUGUAAAACUCAGACCAGGUAACUCACCGAUUGUCUCAAAAUGAGAAAAACUGCCCCUAAAAACAUAAAAAGUGACACUGCAGAGCGGGUUUACGUUACACACACUCUGAGUGAGAUUUUCUUACUUGUGGAAUGAAAGUUGUUCCUUGGCUGCAGCUCCCUACGACUCUGUGAGCCUUUUGGCCGAGGAUCGGAAACAGUUUGUCUCAGAGAGAGAAGAGUGUGUGAAGCAGAUGUGUGCUGAGCACUGAGCUGUGGUUGUGUGGACGCCUAAGUGCUUCUGUGUCCCUCUGCUUCAGACACAUUUAAUUACCCUCUCUGACCACAGGAGGUGCAGCCUUUCCCACUUAAUGGACAGUGAUGGGCAGCGAGAUCCUGUUCCCUGUGAUCUCUAUUAAUUUGGGUUAUUAAGGUUAUGUUUCCACCACAGAUCUCAAUGUGACACAGUGAGAGAUUCCAUUAUGGAAGCUGCUGUGUUUUGGUGGACUCUGCGGCCGUGACGAGCUUUGGACAUGUUGGUGAUGUUACACCUCUUUCUAAAACUCGGACAGUUCACUGGGUGCAGCUCUGGCUGUGGUGAGACGCUGUUUCAGUUCAUUUUCCCCCAGUUCGUUUUCUCAGCUUUCAGAGCCUCAGUGUGACGUUGUGCCAAACACCAGAGUGUGUGCCAGCCUGCACAGAGACAGUGUGUGUGUGUGUGUGUGUGUGUGUUUCAGAGGGAACGUUGAGGAGCGAAGCUGGUGUUAUGGAAGUGAAUCAGCCCUUCUUCUCCUAUACCCUGUGCAUGUUUACAAUAUUUAUAACAGAAUGCUUUUACAUAAGACUGUAGCCUCAUUCAGCCAGAGAGCUGAGUGAGAAGCACUUUGUAAAUAAACAGUAUGAGAAAUUGUGAUGUUCACCCAGUGAAGACGUCCCUGUCUCUCUGCAUUGUGGCGGAGACGUCACUGACCCACACGAACCGUGGGUUUUUUUAGAAAAUGUCACGGCUGUGAAGAUAAAGUUUGGCUUGACGCAGUGACAUGUCUGAGCUCUGCACCAAUCAGACAGCGUCUCUGCGUAGAGGUGAGGUCAGGUGAGGUCAGGCUCAGAGGUCGGAGAGGAAGGGAGGGUCCUGUAAUCAUCGUUCAUGUCGCAUGAGAUGGAGGAUAGAGAUGGAUGGUAUCAUCAACAUACGAUGCACAAUCAAAAUACAGGAUGUGUACAACACCAUGUGCAUUAAAGGCGGGUUACUCACACCGACGAUGGUCCAUGUUUCUGUGGCUUUCCGUGUCCAGCUGUAACGACGGCGUGAGUGUUGGCAUGAACGCUGCUCACAGGUCACCGCCCUCCUGCUCCCGCCUUCUCUCCACCCUUCACUCCACCCACUGAUGGACUGUAUGUAGCAUGCCUGUUUACUAAUCACAUUAUGCAAAAAAUGGCCCAAGCUCAGUGUCAGUACCAAUGCUAGCUUUCCUGAUUUCUGCCAUGAUCGUGAACCCCAACAUGGUUUUGUAUGGAAUUUGCUUGCGCUGCCUCUGAGAGCCGCCCACAGUGUUUCAGCUGCGCCUCACGUCCUUUUACUUUGAUGAUUCUGACUGACUGUUAAAUACUUUGUGCUGUCAUUUGUAUUUUUCUCUGUUGUGUUACUACUGGACAGUUUCACUGCUUACAUUGUAAUUAUGAUAUUAAUGUGCAGGGUUUUAUAAUUAUACAGUCGUUCGUCUCUGACUCAACUCAA